UCCAUGUAAAUUGCUUCUAGGAACUUCGCGAAAUCACAAAAUAAKAAGYACAAAGCAAAAGUCUGRCUUUUAGGAUAUUUCAUAAACAUCGUGAAUUGUUUCGCUUCGCUUGAACUCUUGAAUAAMAUUUAAUACCCAGGAGAGGAGCAAAACAAGGGACUUCCAAGAAGUGUUUAUUUUGAAUGACAGUAUAAUUUCGAUUCUAGGAACUUGACGACGUUGUAUAUAAAGAACAGAUUCAAUAUAUCACAAAGUCUUUGUCCAAAGAUCUGUUUUAACGGCACAGAAGAUGAGGUACUCUAAACGAAAACCAAUGAGGCAAUGGAUUAARGARAAACUCGAYUCCAAAUCAUAUCCAGGMYURAGAUGGAUCGACAAGAAUCGAGGAAAAUUCGAAAUUUCRUGGAAACAUGGYUCUUUAGAGACAUGGAGUUGGGAAGAAGACGUACACGUCUUUCGUGAAUGGGCGAUUUACACAGGAAAGUAUCAACCRCAUAAUAAAACUGUUACACAAGAAGAUAUUGAACUAGCAAAGACUUGGAAGACGAAUUUUCGCUGUGCACUGAACGCUCUUCCGGGUGUUGAAAUGGUCAAAGAAGAGAGUUCUGCUCGUGGAGCGAAUGCUCGCAAAGUGUACAUUAUGAAAGUAGAUAAUAAAAAGAAAAAGAAGCGAAGAUGCGAAGAUCAAAAAUCACUAGAUCUCGAGACGAAACCRUUAACACCAAUAAGUGAGGGAAUAGAUCAACAGGCAAUUGACGAAAUCGAAAGGCAGCUCUCUCAAAGUUCAACAAUAUUCAAGAAAGACUUAGCUGACUUAGGCGAAAUGGAAGAUAUUUUUCAGUGCGGUAUAGGUUUGUACAGGCAAUACACUGAUCUACAAUGUCUAAUAAUGAUCUACCAUGCUCUAAGUUUAGAAAAAUCGAAGAAAAAGAGAGAGACAAGAAAAACAGUGAACUAAACAAAAUAGUAAUGAAAAAGAAUAAAAAGAAAAAUAUGUAAAAAAUCGACUGAGUAUCAGCGAGCUUUCCAUUAAUAUUAAAAUAAAACAAACUAUUUUCAAACUUUCUGAAAAAAUGGUCCGAGAUCAUCCUCUAAUGCAAGUACAGAACACUUAAAAUUUCAAAUGGCAAAUUUAGCUCUAAUGUAUGUUAUCAGGGACCGCGGAGCAGGAAGGGCAGGCUACAGCCCCCUCCAAUAAUUUUUCCGCCAUUUUGAUUUUUCUUAAAUAAAGAAGCGAAGAGUCUCCUUGUGAAAUUACACUUUUCAUUCUAUGAAGAUUGUAUAAAAACUGAGCGUAAACAAUUAAAAUUGAAGCUUUUUUGCGAAGUCUUUGGGAUUUUAUUGAGUAUCAUGUGAUGACCGUGUGUGCGGUUUUAUCGGUUAGAAAUAUGUAUUGGAAAACGCCUCAAAACGCUGCAAAUGACAUCUCCGAGAAUUAAGAUUUCAAAAUUUUCCGGUAGAAUAUCUCUAACCCCCCAGUACCUCCUUCCUUCUGCAGUCGCUAACGCCCCCCUCCCCUCCCCCCAAACAGACUCCCGCUUCGCGAUCCCUGGUUAUUGUGUUCGAAUGACAUUGUCUUAAUAAUAAACUUAAUUUAUGAGAUUGUUCAGUGUAAACGAAACUACAAAAGCUACACUUUUCUGGCGCCUUUGGUGCGCAAGCUUGGCUAUUAAAACUUAUCGUAUUAAACCCGACUGAGCUGACAUGAUGGUUGUAACAGACCAUAAAGUUCAUAGUAUUUUUCAUACAAUUUUUUUUCUU